AUGUCAAUUAGAAGAUUUAAUGCUAUGAAUAUUGAAAAAAAAUCCAAAUGGAAAUGUGAUCAGUGCAUACAUAAGACAAACACUAAAAAAAUAUGUUCACCAAAUGCUGAUAUUUCUCAUAGCGUGAAAAAACAAGUCAAUAUCUCAAAAAAUGAUGUUUUACAACAUAAAAUGCUGCAUAAAAGUAAAAACGAAAUUGAAAGCUUAUGUAAUCAACUAUUAACCACCAAUAAAUUCCAAAACAGAGUUAAAAAUCGCACACAUAUAGAAACGUACUCGGACCCUGAAACUUCCUUAUCAUCCGAAGAUUCAAACAUAAUAAAAAGCUUACCUGAUCUUUCAACAUUAGUAAAUGAUGAAUCUAUUGAGUUAAAACAAAGAAACUCCGAACUACAGCUAGAACUAGACAGUGCGCAUAUGGAAAUAGAAAAGCUUAUUCUUGAGAAACAAGAACUACAAAAAGAGGUUGACAAAUUAGCGGCAAAAACAAAAAGAUUACUUAUGAUAUGUUCAUCAAACAGUCCUAAAAAAUAA